GAGAUGACCCCUCAGAGAACAUCUAAAACCUUCCCCUGCCCAGAGACUCUUCAGGGUGAGAGCAGCCAACCUAUGGGUCAUUUUGGCUCAGCCAUCACCGUUCUCCCGGACCUGACUGCCGACCAGUAUCCUGAAUUAGCUAUAGGGGCUCCCUUAGAGGACAAUGGUCGAGGAGCUCUGUACAUCUUCCCAGGAAAACCUGGUGGCUUCAGGACUUCUUAUAUACAGCGCAUUUCAGGAAGUCUUCUGGGAGGUGGAGCUCAGUUCUUUGGAAGGUCAGUGGCUGGUGACAAAGACAUGACAGGCGAUGGUCUGCCAGAUGUGACGGUGGGGGGUGAAGGCAUCGCUGUCAUACUGAGAUCUCGGCCCGUACUCCAGGCUUCGGUGUCCAUGACAUUCAGUCCCCGCAAGUUUCCACUUUCUUCAUUUGAAUGUGGAGAAAAAAUCCAACGACACACGACAGAGAUAAAUGUCUGCUUCAACAAUGAGCUAAAGAGCCGCGGAGGUGAGGCACGGAGCAGUCGCAAGUUUCCACUUUCUUCAUUUGAAUGUGGAGAAAAAAUCCAACGACACACGACAGAGAUAAAUGUCUGCUUCAACAAUGAGCUAAAGAGCCGCGGAGGUGAGACCUCGGCCUCGGUACAGUACACCCUUCUGUUGGAUGCGGGCCGUACCCAGACUCGCGCCGUCUUCUCUGACACCCCACAACCCAACACCCGUAUGAUAAAUUCAUCUCAGGAACUCCAAAGAAGACAACAGUGCAUUGAAUACAAGAUUGUCCUUCCUGACUGUGUGGAGGACUCUCUCUCUCCUCUCCGUGUCAGUCUCAGUUUCUCAUUGAUUGGAAAUCCUGUUCUUAGUGAGGACUCUCGGAACAACCACUUAGGAGAGAUUCCCUUUGAGAAGAACUGUGGUGUGGACGGGGUGUGUGAGGACGACCUGAGGAUGAGUCUGACCUUCAGCAGUCUCUACCUGGUGGUCGGAUUGUCUCUGGAUGUGAACCUGACAGUGUCAGUGACCAAUGCCGGGGAGGAAUCAUACAAUACUCGUGUCCUCAUCCCCUUCCCCCCAGACCUCUCUUACCGCAGGGUGUCUCUUAUACAGAGUAACAAGCGAGUGACAAUUACAUGUUCAUCAGAGGAGACCCAGAGAGUGCUGACCUGUGGGGUGAACAGACCGCUGCUGAGACCCAACACUACGGCUAUCUUCUUGGUCAGUUUUCAUGUUGCACCAACAGCGUCUUUGGGAGACUCCUUAGCCAUGGUGGCCAAUGUAACCAGUGACAAUGGGGGGUUCCCCAAUGAUCUCAUGAAGUCUUCUACCACCAUAAAAGUGCAGUACUCGGUCUACCUGACCAUCACCAGCCUUGAAGAGUCCAGUAAAUAUGAGAACUUUACAUCCCUGGAGCCGAGCAUCAAACACGUCUACACGGUGAAGAAUCUCGGGGUACACCCGCUCCCUCUCUCUGUCACCUUCCUGAUUCCUGUCCGUCUUGGGGAAAGCACCGUCUGGGACAAGCCCAACAUCACCAGUUCUGAGCCUCAGGUCACCAGAUGUAGAACAAUAAAUGAACCUGAAGGGCCACAGAACCCCCGGGAGCUCCUGAGGACCAGUCCAGUUCUGAACUGCUCCGUCGGGACGUGUCUCAGAUCCGUUUGUAACAUCAGCAAUAUGGCGCUUGGGGAAGUGGUGACGUUCACCAUCAGCGGACCAGUGACCAAGGACUGGGAGACGCAGACUGAUCAGCAGAAAGUGACCCUCCAGAGCGCGGCCGAAAUUCACUAUGACCGGCAGAUGUAUUUCAUGGAGCAGAACUUCACCCGAGCUCAGGCUCAGACGGUGCUGGAGGUGAUCGUUCAGUAUAACUACCUACCUAUAAUAGUUGGGAGCAGUAUCGGAGGAUUGGUCCUCCUGGCGCUGAUCACUGCCGGCCUCUACAAGCUUGGAUUCUUUAAGCGUCAAUACAAACAGAUGCUGGAAGACACAGAAGGUGAAAAUGCAGCAAACAAUGGACCUGUGGACGCCCCAACCAGCGGAGGCCCGGAAUGAGGAGGCCGUGUAUAACCUGUGUCGGUUCUUAUAGGACAUCAAGCUUCUCCAUAUCCCCCCCACCCCCCAGUAUUUUCUGACUCCGCCCAUACUCUGCACAUAAAUGGAACAUUACCCUCCCAUAAUCCUCUCCUCUAGCCAUCCAGCUGAGGACAAAAUAAAUGUCUUAUUAGGAAAUAAUUUUAUA